AUGAUCGUCCAAUUGAGUUUUAGAGGGAAAAUGCGCGUGGACACUAAUAUUCAAUUGACAGUUUACGAUGCUCCAGCGGAUCAAAGGCUAAACUCACCUAUAAGGCUCUGGUCCACACUUGAAACAACCUACGUCUUCGCCAGGACAACGGAAUGGUCGAUGGCCAAGGUCCGACCGAACGCAAGUAAUCGCCCGUUCUUGGCUGCCUUUCGUGCUGAAAAAUACGUGGAGCCACUUCUCCAUUCAGAAUUGCUCGACCCUCUGCGCUUCCAAUCGUUGGCUCUGGCUCAUUUUCAGAGAAGAAGUUUGACUGCUUUAUACGCUGCACAAGGGUCUUCCUCCUCGUUAACAGAAAAUUCAUCAUAUCCAUAUCCAUCGAACUUAUUGCCAUCAUCUAAGAUAUGCCUCUUUGAAACAAUCGGCAUUGGGUCAAGUGACAGGUGUGGAAGAGUUCCAAGGUAUUGGGCUUUUGUUCCACCAAUGGUGGCUGUACAACUCCUUAUUCGGGACGAAGGCCAACAGAAUGUUUCCGACAAGGCCGACAAGGAGAUUCAUGUGAGAUGUUCUUAUAGACCAAAAACCAUGGGAGAGCUAGGAAAUUUUACUUGCUCUAGACUCAGGACGGCACGGGACAGCCGUGAAAAAGUGAAGUGGGCCAAAUUCCAAGAAUGUCAAGGCCUACAACCUCGGGACGACAACUCACCUCUCCUCAUUAGCAUGUACAAAGUGGCGUGGUCCUUGGAAGGUUGUUUGGGCCGUUGUUUGAGUAGCGUUGAGCAGGUAACAAUCGUCGGCAGCGGUUCCGCUAGCCUCUUCGGACAGAGGUUGGCCUGCGAUCAACCGUGA